AUGUGGAAUCCACUUGGCAAAAUCGAGGGCAAGCCUUUGCUUCUGCUCAUCACCGUGGCUGCCUCAUCGGGAUUCAUCCUGUUUGGUUAUGACAACGCCGUCUUUGGAGGAAUCAUCGUUCUGCCGUGGUUCUUGGAACAGUACCAUCACCCUGGAUCUGAUAUCCUUGGAACCGUCUCCUCCCUUUACAAUGUCGGCUGCGCAGGAGGGUCAAUCCUAGCCUUCUUCUUCGGAGGACAGCUAGGCCGCCGGAAGAGCAUCCUCAGUGGCAGCGCCAUUGCCGCCGUUGGGGUCGUCAUUCAAUGCACUUCCGAAAAGCUCUCCCAGCUCCUGGUUGGCCGCAUUGUCACCGGUGUGGGUGUGGGCGUCUUGACCUCGACUGUUGGCUUGUGGCAGGCAGAGACGACGCCGCCUAGGAUCCGUGGCAUGUUCAUGUGCCUUGAACUCAUGCUGGGGGGAUGUGGACUGGUCAUUGCCUUCUACACGAACUAUGGCUUCCACAACGACACCUCCCGCACCGCCUUUGUCUUCCCUUUGGCGCUUCAGAUUGUUUUCAUUGCCAUUAUCGGCGUGCUGGUCGCCAUGCUCCCGGAGUCUCCCCACUGGCUAUUCAAGAAUGAUCGCCCUGAAGAGGCCCUGCAGGUCAUCUUACGUUUGGAGGGCCACGGUGCCACUCGAGACCAUCCGCGCGUCAGGCAGCAACUCCUCGAGAUCUCCGAGGCCAGACAGCUUGAAGGCACGGAAGGUGGCUUCUUCACCGGUAUCUUCGUCAACGGCCCAACCCAGAACUUCAAGCGUAUUUGUUUCGGCACCGGCAUCAUGGUCAUGCACCAGCUGAACGGGAUCAACAGCGUCACAUACUACGUCCCGACUUUAGUGACCACCUUUAUCCAUGCGUCCCAUUCGACCGCGCUCUGGGUCAGCGGUCUCUUCGGCGUGGUCUGCGUGGUCUUCUGCAUUCCUCCCGUCUUGUGGGUCGACAAGGUCGGUCGACGCCCGUUCCUUUGGAUCGGCAGCGUGGGCCAAUGCAUCUGCUUUGCCAUCAUCGCAGCACUCUUUGCCACGGCUCCUAAAGGAGGCAGCUCGACCUACGGUAUCGUGACGCUAGCCUUCCUCUUCUUGUACUACGCCAUCAACAUCACCUCGUGGUUUCCCAUUACGUGGCUCUAUCCGGCAGAGCUGAUGCCUCUGAAGAUCCGCGAGAAGGGAAUGGGGAUUGCCGUCUUCUUCUACUGGAUGUUCCAGUUUAUGAUCGUCGAAGUCACCCCUAUCGCCCUCACAAACAUUAGCUACCGAUUCUACAUCAUUCUCUGCAUUUUCAAUGCGGUCAUUGCGGCAAUUGUUUUCUUCCUGUAUCCCGAGACCAAGUUGAAGUCUUUGGAAGAGAUUGAUUUCUUUUUCGCAAAGACAGAGAUCCCGGUUGAUAUUGACAAGACCGGGAUUGAGGGUGAGAUGGCUCCAAAGAGAUAUGCUGAGAUUCAUUUGGAGGAUGUUCGUCCUGGUAGCGAGCCCGCAGCGUCGGCUGCAACCAGCUAG